AUGACCAGCACCGCAGUGGCUGGUCCUUUGCAGGAAGAAACACAGCCUGUAUCCAGCCCCACAUCACAGAAACAGCCUGUAUCCAGCCCCACAUUACAGAAACAGCCUGUAUUCAGCCCCACAUCACAGAAACAGCCUGUAUUCAGCCCUACAUCACAGAAACAGCCUGUAUCCAGCCCCACAUCACAGAAACAGCCUGUAUCCAGCCCCACAUCACAGAAACAGCCUGUAUCCAGCCCCACAUCACAGAAACAGCCUGUAUUCAGCCCCACAUCACAGAAACAGCCUGUAUCCAGCCCCACAUCACAGAAACAGCCUGUAUCCAGCCCCACAUCAGAGAAACAGCCUGUAUCCAGCCCCACAUCCCAGAAACACAGCCUGUAUCCAGCCCCACAUCACAGAAACAGAGCCUGUAUCCAGCCCCACAUCACAGAAACAGCCUGUAUCCAGCCCCACAUCACAGAAACAGCCUGUAUUCAGCCCUACAGCACAGAAACAGCCUGGAUCCAGCCCCACAUCACAGAAACAGCCUGUAUCCAGCCCCACAUCACAGAAACAGCCUGUAUCCAGCCCUACAUCACAGAAACAGCCUGUAUCCAGCCCCACAUCACAGAAACAGCCUGUAUCCAGCCCCACAUCACAGAAACACAGCCUGUAUCCAGCCCCACAUCACAGAAACAGCCUGUAUCCAGCCCCACAUCACAGAAACAGCCUGUAUCCAGCCCUACAUCACAGAAACAGCCUGUAUUCAGCCCCACAUCACAGAAACACAGCCUAAACACAGCCUGUAUCCAGCCCCACAUCACAGAAACAGCCUGUAUCCAGCCCCACAUCACAGAAACAGCCUGUAUCCAGCCCCACAUCACAGAAACAGCCUGGAUCCAGCCCCACAUCACAGAAACAGCCUGUAUCCAGCCCCACAUCACAGAAACAGCCUGUAUCCAGCCCUAG